GUCCGAUAACAAUUCCUCAAUGAUAAGAUAUGAAAAGUCCGUUCUAAGAAAAGAUACAAACAUUACACAAGCUCGUAAAUUGGUCAUUGGGAAUAUAAGCCAAGGCGUAAACAAUGAUCAUCGGACUAAGUUUAAUGUGCCUGAUUUUAAGUGGCAUUUCAAAAGUGUUCGCCGUUCAGUUGUGCUGCGCCGCGAAUUCGUUACUUUUCAAAUACCACAAUUCGGACAAUGCGGAAAUAUUCCAGUGCGCUUCCGCCGACAGCAACCUCAGUGAAUUUCCGAAUCUUAGCCAAGUGAUAGGCAAAUUGAUAGCCCCAAAGGGCCUUGGAUUAGAAAAAGCAACCAAUGACUCAGGCCACCAGUUCCCCUCGCUAUCAAGGUGCCAAAACUUCACCAGCCUGAGCAUAAGUGAUUUAGGUGAACGCCCGUUGAAUUUGCGAAAUAACUCGUGCAUUGGACUAUUAAACAGAAGUCUCAUCGUUUUAUCUUGUGAAUUUGAAAAGAAUGUGCCGUCUCAAAGUGUUGGAUUUGUAAACAAGUGCUGCCCACAGGGAUUUAUUUACGUUUCCGAAAAUAAUACAUGCAAACCGGGUGAAAGCGAUUUAUUUGUUUAUGCCUCCAUCAUCAGCAGUCCAAUUAUAUUUUUUGAUAACACCCUAAACUGUUCCGACAACAGAGCACUGGUGGAGUACACGGUGUCCUCCGGAACAGUGCACUUCCAUAAUAAUUCCCUCAUCUGGAGAGAUGGCUCCCAAAGUUUGCCGAGCUCCAAGUUUUGCAUCGAAGCUAUUUAUGACUUCGACGAUGCGGAUUUGGAUAGGAGAGCAGUUCCGGAACAGAAAUACCUGGUGCGUGCUUGUCAGGAAACCAAAAUUUGCCAAAAAAUACCCUGUAUUCGACGUUGUUGUGCCGAAGGUGAAAUGUAUGCCAAAGGAAAUUUCAGUACCUAUUGCAAAAACGAUGGCAACGUUUUGAAGUUCGAGGGUUUUCAGAACCUGAAUAUAAACGCAAACUUCUCAAAGCCCUCAGAUUUCGGAAUCGUUCACGGCUUACAGUGCCCAAAGUUUCGCUUGGAUCCUGAUAAUUUUCCUGAUGAUUCGCACACGAUUAAUCCGUCCAAUGGCUCACUUAUCAUUCAUAACACUUUCAAAACGUAUACUAAUACUCAAUACUGCUUGGAACGGGUUAGACCCAAUCAAAAGCUUUAUACAUUUCUGUGCUUUGAUAAUAAGGUGGUAACUGGGGAUAGGAUUCGCUUUAAGAUGUAUCCGAUUGGACUUCUCAUAUCCUGCUGCUUCUAUGCCCUCACUCUGAUUGUUUACAUCUCCAUUGCCAAAUUGCGAAACCUUCCCGGAAAAAUCCUAAUUUGCCUCGUUAGCAGCUUGUUUGCGGCAUAUCUUGGAAUCGCGCUGGGCCAAUUGAGACCCACUUCAAAUGACGACAUCUGUUUUCUUUCUGGAUUUUUCGUGUACUUCUGUUUAAUGGCUGCAUUUUCUUGGAUGAACAUCACUUCCUUUGACAUAUGGAAAACUUUCGGAUCAACGAAGAUUAAGAGCUGCGAAAAGAGCGACCUGAGAAGGCAGUUUAUUUGGUAUUCGUGUUAUGGCUGGGGGCUACCAACUUUGCUAACUGCAAUAACCAUAGCUUUUACGAAAUCUGACAUUUUACCGGAUGUGAUUCGGCCAAAUUUUGGACACGGUCGUUGCUGGUUUACAUAUGAUUCUUUUGGAUCAGCAAGCUUGUUGUUCUUUUCGGGACCUGUUGGCAUACUAUUUAUUAUAAACUUGGUUUUGUUCGUGCUCACGAUGAAGUAUUGCAACAAAGUAAAAAAUGAAAUAUACAAGAUGCAAAGCUUGAACAGCGAUAAGCCAGUGCUGAAAAGGCGAUUUUUUCAGGACAAAACCAGAUUUGUUAUGAACACGAAAUUGUGUUUUGUGAUGGGCAUCACCUGGCUGCUGGAAAUAGUGAGCAUUUUGUUUUACGAUCACAAGAAAACGUUCUUCUGGACUAUCAGCGAUUCGUUCAAUGUGCUACUUGGUAUUUUUGUCUUCAUCAUAUUUGUCUUUAAGCGCAGAAUUUAUAACGAAAUUAUGAUUAAGUUCGGUCUACAAGCAAGCCCGAGCACUGCAUCCACUAGAACCCGCGCUGGCUUGACCAAGUCAUAUGCUCCAACUAGCACAGCGAUGACCACGCUUCGAUCUUCUCCAGGCAGCUGUGAGCUUAAGCGCCAAACGUCGACGAAACCAGAAAACGAAGUAAUGCUUUAGAUGGUUAAAUAACUUAUGAUUAACUAAUUAUAAUUUGUAGAGCCUUAUGACACUAGUCCCUCAGAUUAAUCAUUAAUACUAUGUGUAUAAUUUAGCUGUGUAUUGGAAUAUUUAUUUAAUAGGUAAUUUGACUUCUUUUUAUACUCGUGCG